CUUUGCAAAGGGACCGGAAGGACUCUGGAGAAAGCGCUGCACCAUGGCGGGUCCUGUCAGCUUACGAGAGCUUCUGAUGGGAGCCUCUGCCUGCACCAGCUCUGAAAGUCCUGGAGGAGCCCCUACAGAGGGCGAAGGGAGCGCGGCUGGCGGAUCGGAGCCUCCGUGGCGCGAGGAUGAGAUCUGCGUGGUGGGAAUCUUCGGCAAGACGGCUCUACGCCUGAAUUCCGAGAAGUUCUCACUUGUGAACACGGUUUGUGACCGACAGGUCUUUCCCCUCUUUCGUCACCAGGAUCCUGGGGACCCAGAGCCUGGGAUCAAGGCCGAGGCUAGUGCCGUCGGGGAGGCAGGUGCAGCCGGGGACCCCGGGGCUGGGGAUCCAGUUCGUGGAGGUGUAGCUGCUACCGAAGGGAACCGAACAGAGCCAGGCUCCCAGGACUACAGCCUUCUGCAGGCCUAUUACAACCAGGAAAGCAAAGUUCUGUAUCUUCUUCUCACUUCCAUCUGUGACAAUUCACAGCUUCUCCGGGCUUGCCGGGCCCUUCAGAGUGGAGACGCUGGAGGUGGCCUCUCUUUACCGCAUGCAGAAACGCAUGAGUUCUGGAAGCAUCAAGAGAAGCUGCAGUGCCUCAGUCUCCUUUAUCUUUUCUCUGUCUGUCACAUCCUGCUUCUGGUCCACCCCACUUGUUCCUUUGACAUUACCUAUGACCGAGUAUUCAGAGCCCUGGAUGGGCUGAGACAGAAAGUCCUGCCCCUCCUCAAAACAGCCAUUAAAGAUUGUCCAAUUGGCAAAGACUGGAAGCUAAACUGUCGACCCUGCCCACCUAGACUCCUUUUUCUCUUUCAACUCAAUGGAGCCCUCAAGGUGGAACCCCCUCGGAGCCAAGACCCUGCUCAUCCAGACAAGCCCAAGAAGCAUUCUCCUAAAAGGAGACUGCAGCAUGCCCUGGAGGACCAGAUUUAUAGAAUCUUCCGCAAGAGUCGUGUCUUGACUAAUCAGAGCAUCAACUGCCUCUUUACUGUGCCUGCCAACCAAGCUUUUGUGUACAUAGUUCCUGGAAGCCAGGAGGAGGACCCAGUAGGCAUGUUACUGGACCAACUUAGGAGUCAUUGCACUGUGAAGGACCCAGAAUCUUUGCUGGUGCCUGCACCCCUUUCUGGGCCCAGGCGAUACCAGGUCAUGAGACAGCACAGCCGACAACAACUUUCCUUCCACAUUGACAGCAGUAGUUCCAGUUCUUCAGGCCAGCUAGUGGAUUUCACUCUUCGGGAAUUCCUAUGGCAGCACGUGGAGUUAGUUUUGAGCAAGAAAGGUUUUGAUGACAGUGUGGGCAGAAACCCACAGCCCUCCCAUUUUGAACUUCCCACUUAUCAGAAGUGGAUCUCAGCAGCUUCAAAACUGUAUGAAGUAGCUAUUGAUGGGAAAGAGGAGGACCCAGGGUCUCCCACUGGAGAACUAACAUCUAAGAUUUUAAGCAGUAUUAAAGUCUUGGAAGGGUUUUUGGAUAUUGACACAAAAUUCUCGGAAAACCGGUGCCAAAAAGCUUUACCUAUGGCCCAUAGUGCUUACCAGUCAAAUUUGCCUCAUAAUUACACAAUGACUGUCCAUAAGAAUCAGCUUGCACAGGCUCUUCGAGUAUACAGUCAACAUGCUAGGGGUCCAGCCUUUCACAAAUAUGCCAUGCAGUUGCAUGAAGACUGCUACAAAUUUUGGAGCAAUGGUCAUCAGCUCUGUGAGGAGAGGAGUUUAACUGAUCAACACUGUGUACAUAAAUUUCACUCAUUACCUAAAUCAGGAGAAAAACCAGAGGCUGAUAGAAAUCCUCCUGUGCUAUAUCAUAAUAGCCGAGCUCGAUCCACUGGUACCUGUAACUGUGGGAGGAAACAAGCACCUCGAGAUGAUCCCUUUGAUAUCAAGGCAGCUAACUAUGACUUUUAUCAGCUUCUGGAAGAAAAAUGUUGUGGAAAAUUGGAUCAUAUCAAUUUCCCAGUAUUUGAACCAAGUACUCCAGAUCCUGCUCCUGCCAAAAAUGAGUCCUCUCCUGCUCCUCCAGAUGCGGAUGCUGAUAAACUUAAAGAAAAAGAACCUCAAACCCAAGGAGAGAGCACAAGCUUAAGUUUAGCUUUGAGUUUAGGCCAAUCCACAGAUAGCCUAGGUACCUAUCCAGCUGAUCCACAAGCAGGAGGAGACAAUCCGGAAGUUCAUGGUCAAGGAGAAGUAAAAACUGAGAAGAGGCCAAACUUGGUUGAUAGACAGGCAUCCACAGUUGAAUAUCUCCCAGGCAUGCUACAUUCAAAUUGCCCCAAAGGUCUCCUACCCAAAUUCUCCAGCUGGUCUUUGGUUAAACUAGGGCCUGCUAAGUCUUAUAACUUUCAUACAGGUUUGGACCAACAGGGUUUCAUUCCAGGAACAAACUAUCUUAUGCCUUGGGACAUUGUCAUCAGGACGAGAGCUGAAGAUGAAGGAGAUUUAGACACAAAUUCUUGGCCUGCUCCGAAUAAGGCUAUCCCUGGAAAGAGAAGUGCAGUUGUGAUGGGAAGAGGAAGACGGCGGGAUGACAUAGCUCGUGCUUUUGUGGGCUUUGAAUAUGAAGACUCUCGAGGCCGGAGAUUCAUGUGCUCAGGACCUGACAAAGUAAUGAAAGUAAUGGGAAGUGGACCAAAGGAAUCAGCUUUAAAAGCCCUCAAUAGUGAUAUGCCCUUGUAUAUUCUGUCAUCAUCUCAAGGUCGAGGGCUAAAACCACAUUAUGCUCAACUUAUGAGGCUUUUUGUUGUGGUUCCUGAUGCUCCUUUGCAGAUAAUACUAAUGCCUCAGGUUCAACCAGGCCCACCACCAUGUCCAGUAUUUUACCCAGAAAAACAAGAAAUCACUCUCCCACCUGAUGGCCUUUGGGUUUUGAGGUUUCCUUAUGCAUAUGUGACUGAGAGAGGACCUUGUUUCCCUCCUAAGGAAAACGUGCAGUUAAUGAGUUACAAGGUGCUCCGUGGAGUUCUUAAGGCAGUAACGCAAUAAGUGUUUUCCAGCCAGUUCAGUCCUAAACUUGAGCUGGUUUUUGGUUCUGGUGUGUAUGGAUUUUUAAAAUUUUUUUGGUCUAGGUAUAUACUGUGAUUUCCUGAACCCAAAAUGUGUUUUGGUUACAGGAGUUCAGUAUUUGGACAAUAAUUGUUCUACUUUUCAUGAUGUUGAUAUUUAUUGGGAAUGGGGCUACAACUUCCUAAUAAAGGCUGGUGGUUCUAGAAAAAGACAUAAAAUACAUGGUUGGUACCUCUGUUUUCUCUUGUUUCUGUUUAACUGUCCAUAAUAAAACAUGUUUCUGUCAUACCGAAUGUUGUAUAACUGUGUUAAGCCAAACCUUAUUUUUGCUAGAAUUGGUAUUUUAGCGAGGAUUUCCCUUAAGAUGCUAUUUAUGAACUUUUUCAAAACAAAAUGAUCAAUUAAAUUAUCUGGUAAAAGUAUGAGGACUGAUUUGACUUAAUUGCAAAAAAACACAGUUGUUUGGCUUACAAUUCUGGUACCUGAGUUAGAUUGUUUUGUUUUUACCAUUUCAUUCUUGGAACGAUGAGAGACAAUGUUUUAAAUGAAUGUUAUAUGCACUAAAAUAUUUUAACCCAGAAUAUUAAUACACACUGUAUUCUUUAAAAAUUCAUAUACUGUGGAACAAUUUGCUAAGUGAUACAAAUCUUACCAAUCUAUGGUAGCUUUCACCAGUAUCAAGAUGGUGACACUGAUACAUCACCAAUUAGAUAAAUGUGCAGAAUAAAUUAACAUGCUGAAACUCUAGUAUAGUUUAUUAUAUUUUCGAAGACACAUUUACUCAACAAUGCUGACCCAAUAAUAUGGAGAAUUUUUUUCUUAAUAUAAAUGGGACCCUGGUGGUGCAGUGGUUAAGAGCUCGGCUGCCAACCAAAAGGUUGGCAGUUUGAUUCAACCAGCUGCUUCUUGGAAACCCUGUGGAGCAGUUCUUCUCUGUCCUAUAGGGUCACUAUGAGUUAGAGUCAACUCAACAACAAUGGAUUUGGUUUGGUUCGGUAUAUAUGAAAAACUAUUUGUUUAACACAUCUUGCUAUAUCAGCUUAGAGCAGUUUGUUUUUUAUUAAAAAAUACACAGGGAAAAAGCAUGUAACUGGCAGCUAAUUUCUAGAAUUGUGAAUCAGGUGUAUUUUUAUGCCUGUGUUACUUUAGUUUGAUUAAGAAUAUGGGGAAUAUAAGCCAAUAUGAAUUAGUUCUUCAUUCUUCUUACCCUCCAUCCUUAUUUUUUACGCUUUUGUAUCUUCCAUUCCUUUUAUAAAUCUUUUAAAUCGCAGUUGCAUUCAUAGUUAGCAUGGUCCUUGAUUGGUUUUAAUAAAUAGCACACUGCAUUUGGGAAAUAUGGCGAGGUAGCUCUGUAGGACAUGGACUAAUAGUUUUAUUUUUUUUUAAUAGCUUCUGAGACUUAAAUAACAGGUCAUGUACUCUCAUAGGCCAAAAUAAUAAUUGUGAAAGAGUAAUUUGUAAGAACAAAUUGGUUUCUGAAAGGCAAACAGUAUCUUUUUUCUUUGUUUCCUUUGGGUUUCAUUAUAUUAUGUGGAGCACCUUACAUUUCUGCUUAAAUUAGUAAAUUAAUUUCCUUAAUUACUUUUGGUUAUAGAAGUCACCCUAAUUUGGAUUUCUGUAGAGAUUUCAAUUCCAAAUCUUUAUACAAUUUGUGUUUAUAACCUACAUAAAAGACAGUUAAGGCACUUCUUCAUGUUUGUUUUGUUUUUUGUCAAAAACGAUUUACAGAGCACUGCAGUGGUAAAAUGUGAACUGUUGAAUUUGCACUGCUUACCACUUUUCUUUUUAGUCAUUGUGAUGGUUAUGUGUCAACAUGGCUCGGCUAUGAUUGAUUCUUAGUGGCUUGGCAGAUAUUAUGUAAUCAUUUCCCAAUUUGUGUUCCAAUGUGAGCAGCCAGUCAGUUGAAAGCAGAAUUUCCUUGGGGGUAUGGUCUGCAUCCAAUAUAUAUGGAUGUUCUGGCAAAGCUUACUGUCUUGAUCCUGCAUUCAGCUCGUCAUCCUCGGACCUUUGUUUCUUGGGAUGUGAGCCAGCAGCCUGCUGCCUGACCUGCAGACUUUGGCCUUCACCAGCUCCCACAACCCCGUGAGCCAGCAGCCCUCUGUCUGACCUGCCGAUUUUGGAUUCAUCAGCCCUUGCCACCUCGUGAGUCAGGAGCAGCCUCCAGCCUGAUACCUGACCCAUGGAUUUGGGACUUGCCAGCCGCCACAACUGCAUGAGUCAUUUCUUGAAAUAAACCUCAUCUAUAUAUGUUUCUCUGAUUCUGCUCCUCUAGAGAACCCUGCCUAAGACAGCCAUAUAAACCUUAUUUCAGCAAAUUAAAAAAAAAAGGAUGAUUUUAUUAAACAAAUCAUAUUUCCUCUGCAGCAGCACCUGCAUUAUCCUUUGCUUAGCAGAUGCGUCAAAUUGAUUCUUAAAUUUUAAGAAUCACUGGUUCAGAAGAGACUUCAGAGGAUAUCCUCUGACCUCUUCGGUAAGUCUAUUAAUGUGUCUGUGAAAGGUUGUAUAUAAUGAAAGUUUUUAGAAGUAAGUUAUAUCUUAUUCAAGUAGUGCUGACUAUUUAAAGGGCUAGUAUGAUAAAUCUUGUUGUAAGGUAAAUUAUAUCAUUCAAAUUUUUAAAUUUGCUUUAAUGUCUUCACAUGUUGAUUUACUUUGAUAUUCCUGUAGUACUUAAACGGUGAAUCUACAUCUUAGUAAAAAAAAAAAAAGACUUUCAAGGGAAGACUUUCAGUGGAAUAUAAAAAAAAUUACAAAAACAAUACUAGGGAAGCAUGAUUUAUAAUAACAGUAGCUACUCUUUAUUAAAUGGUACACAAUAAUAAUAGCUAUUUCUUGAAUGUUCAUUUAUUAGGUACUUUGCUAGGCUUUUUACUUACAUUACCUGUAAUUCUCAAAACCCUCCACAAUAGAUAUUAUUCCUCUUUUACAAAUCAGGAAAUUACAGCUUGGAGUGGGGAGGUAAUUUGGCCAAGGCCUCAUAGGUUGUUAGGUGCCAUUGAGUUGGUUCCAGCCAUGACAACCCUAUGUACAACAGAAUGAAACAGUGCCCAGUCCUGCACCAUCCUCACAACCAUUGCUAGGGAGUAGCAAAGUCAAAAUUUAAAUUCAGGACUCUGAUUUCAAAGGUGUACUUUUCCUGUUGUUAUACAUUGCUUUCUUAGAAAACAUAAGAAUGAAAACCACACGUCAGUUCCCACUGAAUAUGUUGACUGUGAUCUUAAGACGUGAAUGGAUGAAUUUUUUCUCUUUAAUCUCAGAAAAAUUAGGUACGAUACCCCCUAAAAUAUCUUAAUUUCUUUUAAGAGUGUGAAUCUUUAGUCUACAAGACUGUAUUGAAUCUUUUUAUGUCCUUAAAACAUUCCUUCUUCCAUAUUUUCUCCUGUAUAAAAUAAUACUAUAGUAGAUUGAAGCCAAAAGAUCUGACUUCACCACUUUAGAACCCUGAGCAAUUUAUUUCAUUCCUGAAUAUUAUUUUCUCUAAAAUGGUCAUGAUAAUUCCUAUUUAUCACAGAACAUUGUUGUAGGGAUUAAAGGAGUAUAUAUAAACCACCUAAUAAAGUGGCACAUAAAUUUUUAAUAAUUAUAUUUUAAUAAUUUAAAAUACCCUUAAUAAUUUAAGAUACCCUAUCAUUCUAAUAAUCUGAGAGAUAGUAAAUAAGUCUGGGUUAGUUUUAGCCCUACCUUUUAUAACCAGUUAAACAUUUCAGUGCAUAGUACAUGCAAAAUACUGAGGUAAACUCCAUGACAUAAGUUUUAUAGACUUGGUUUGUACCUUUCCUUGAUCUUUGGGUUUAGUUUUUUGUUUGUUUGUUUAUGCUGUAUGUAAAAGAGCCUCUCAGAUCCCUUGGUCAUUUAAUUUCCCUUUUUUGGACUGUUUCUCACAACUUUGUCCUAAGACGUGGCAAAUACGACUGCUCUCAAUUUUAUAGGUUGGAACGUAGUUUUGUACUAAAUACAUCUAAUACUGUAUUUUUUUAAUUUUCAAUACUCUUCAUAAUGUUUCUUGGCCUAAGUUGGCACAACAGCUUAUUGACUUGAUGUUUUUAGAAAAUAGUCUACCGUGACUCCUAACCAUUGUGGAUGUCGGAGCCCAUCUAGGCUUCAGCUUGUUGAUCUGUAAAAUGGGGAGAAUAACUCCCCUACCUACCUGAAAGUAUAGCCAAGGUUCAAACACUUAGAGUGAGAUUGUGUUCAUGAAAGUCUUUUGUAAACUCUGAAGUGCUUUAUAAAUUUGUUGUUAGUUGCCAUCGAUUCUGACUCAUGGUAACCCCACAUGUGCCGAGUAGAACUGCUCCAUAGGGUUUUCAAGACAGUGACUUUUCAAAAGCAGAUUGCCAGAUCUAUCUCUGAGGUGCCUCUGGGUGAGUUCAAACCACCAACCUUUCGGCUAGUAAUCAGAUGCUUAACUGCGCCACCCAGGUAGCCUUUUUAUAAAUAUAAGGGAUAAUUAUUACUCCCUGUUUGUUACUGACAGCUCAGAUCUGAUUAGGUUCUAAAUAAAACUUAAAUGUUUUUCCAAAACCUUCCCACACUGAAAAUAUCUUGCCCAUAUGUAUAGCAAUAAAAAUAAUUUUCUAUCUGAAGAACUGUAAGAAAAUUUUCUAAAGUAUAAAUUACAUCCCAUGGUUGAUUUUUAUUCCAAACGCUGUAAAGGACUAUAUUUUAUCAAUUGGUUAUUAGUUCCUUUUCUCCUACUAGAUUAUAUGUAGUUGAGUAUCGAGUGAUUUUAUCCCAGCAUUUUUCUCCAUAUAAGACUACCCAGUUUAUAAUCUCGUUUAAAAUAUUGUUUUGUUUAUGAACAUAGCCUUGCUGAUUUUGUGAAACUAAUAUAUAAUCAAUGUAUCCUGUUUUGUUGAGUGUUUUUUAAGACAAGUGUAAGUUACUUGAAAUUCUACUGCUCUGAGCAGUAGAAUUUUAGUGUUCUAGACAUUUCUAUGCAUAUAUGCACAUAUAGCUACGUAUUCUUUUUAAAUAAUUGGAAUCAUAGAAUACAUGUUAUUCUGUAAUCUGCUUUUUUCACUCAAUAUGUGGUAGACAUUUUUCUUGGUCAGUAAAUGUAAGUCAAAAUCA